CAUUUCAUAGUCCAUUACUCGCCACCCACUUGUCGCCCUUACAUCUGGUACUUCCACUUUAAUAGCAGAUAUAGCACCACGCAACCAUGUUAUGUCACUGUACCACCUCCCUGACACCCUCCUUGUUGUGGUAUCACAGCGCCCCCCAUUACCCCUCUCUCACGCUUUCUCUCUCCCAAUCAGUCAUUCAUUCUCUCCUUUCGUCUCCCCUCCUCUGAUAGUUAGCCAGCGCUAUAAAUAAAGACUCCAGAGAGAUGUGCUAUCUUCUCUUGCAGGAGUCUCUCCAACAAUCCUACAAGUACAUUCAACUUGUGCCUGCUGAUUAAUUCAAUUGGAUUAACACCUUCCUCCAUCUCUUCAUCUCUUUUUUAUGUCACCAUCUGCAGCUUGAUGUCUACAAGAAAUACAAAAGAUUGACUACUACAAAUCAAACCAGGCUAACAAUAGAAGACAUUUCAAACUGUAUCCUAAUCACGGAGACUGAUCAGACUAUGUAAAGUCUUCAAGUGUUGCCCAGUGCUGACACAAACCAAGCAUUAUGAUGUUCAACAUUUAGUGCCUGCUUGAGCCAAGCAUUCAACUCUGAGUCCAUGACGUCUGGAAAAAACAAACAAACAACAAAAACACUUUUCAUGGUUGAAGAUUUUCUCUUCCGGUUGACAAAUGAACUCUUGAAAGCUAAAUUAAUGAAGUUUAAAUUAAUAUCACUUUGUCUGUAGGAUCUCAACCUUACGUCAUGAGUUAAAACAUUGUUUCUGUCAGACAUCAUAGUACACAUUUGAAUAUGGAACCUAAUUUCUUGAUGGAAGUAUUUCUUUUUUGUUUAAGCCAGACUUUUGUUUAGUGUACACUUUUGUGUAAACCACACAGAAUGCAGUGAAAUGUUUGGGUCGUGAUUCUUAGGUCUGUCUCUGGAAUUUGAACUGACAGCUAGAAAAUCAGAAUUCACGAUUUUGUUACGUGUUGUAAACUACGGAACAAUUUACAUUUUUAUUACUAGUCAAUAGAAAACAAAUACCAGAGUGAUUUCUUCAUGGAUAGUCGAUCCUCUAGAAACCGUUGGGCGAAGCUAUUUUUGGCCACUCAUGAUGACGGAACUAUUUACUAGUGGGCCUUACACCUGCGGGGAGUACGACCCGACCACCGCUGGUUUCGACAAAGACAGCCUCAAUCUGACGGGCGAAGAAAUAAAUCUCUUCUGUGGAGUCAGGAACUUUUACGGCAUUAGUUCCGCAUUGAUAAGCCUGCUGGGACUGGUAGGCAACACUUUCUGCCUAAUUCUGCUGCCUAAGACAGGGGGUGCUAAGAGCGCCAUCAUCCUGUUGUUUACUUUGGGUCUCUACGACAUUGUGUUUCUCGUCUCUUCCAUGUUUUUGAAAGCUAUACCCUCAUUAACAUUGAUCGGUCACUCGACUGUAGUGGUCAGUAACGUCCUGUCUCCGGCCAUUUUCCCGCUGUUUCUAACUGCUCACUUAGGAGCCAUCUACACAACAGCGGCCAUCUCCGUCGAGCGGUGCUUGGCUAUCACUGCCCCAUUCCGGACUAGACAGUGGCUCACUUCCAGGAGAAUCAAAUUGACAACACUGGUGAUCUUGUUCUGGAGCAUCAGUUUCAAUUUACCUCGGUUUUUAUUUCUGCAAGCCACAGACUACUGGGAGCCCUACUUAAACAGAUCAUGGAUACGCCUUGAACCCUCGAGCUUGUCAGAAAAUGUUGAAUUCUUAAACAUCUAUUUCGCAUAUUUAAAUACAACUUUUAAGUUCGUCAUUCCAAUCUUAUUGGUGAUCAUCAGCAACAUGGUUCUUCUAUGUUGCCUCAGGCAUAGGCGGAACCUGUUUGUUAGGCACGUACAGGUGAAUGGUGAAUCGUGUCGGAGUGCCGUCAAAGACGGACGAGUGACGCCUAUGGUGUUGGCGGUCACGUGGGCAUUUGUUUUGAGUCAUGUGUUUGCUGUGGUGCAGGUGUUCUUAAACUUACAAGGUCCCUGCUCCAGUCCACAGUGGUGUAUUACGUUCAAUCUGGUCUGUGACUUCAUCUUCCUAUCGACCUCCGCCACUAACUUCCUCCUGUAUUACGCCUUUGGAAAAAAAUUUCGUAAGCUCGUCCAGGUGUUCUUUAGCACUGGGAGGUGCGGCAGAGCGCGGCAGAAAUCUUUCCGAAUGUCUUCACGGUCCAGUAGGUCAAGGUCAGUUUGACAUAGACUCUAAGAAAUGUGAAUGGAACAAAAAUAUCUCAAACAGAAAAACAGAAUCUAUAAUAAAUGUUAUGGCCAUGUAUUUGUGCGAGACCAAACGUGGUAGUGGGUCCCGACACUUGCCUGUGACAUCGCAGCCUUUGGGUGGUGGAGACCAAUAACUAGUUGAUACGUCAGUACGUCAUACCUGUGACGUGGCAACAUGCUAUUGGUCUCCACUACCCACAGUUUGCGACGUCAUACGCCAGUGUUGGGCCUACUAUAAUGAU